AUCUAUCGGUGUGACUGAAAUUGAAAUAAGCAAACAGAAAAGAAAAGAAAAGAAAAGAAAAGGUCCAUUUUGAUUUGAAUAUAGACAUGUUUUAAUUACUUUACCUUGAGAAUCAAUGAUCUGUAUUCUUCUCUAUUCAACUCACAAAAAGUACAUAAAACUCAUCAUACGCUGCUUCCACCCACCCUGUUCCACGCCAACAACGUUGUUGUGGGAAAUUUCCUCAUUUAACCUUUUAUUCUUCGACACAAACAGUUGAGCUAAAUACUUGCUGACUCUUUGAUUUACUCACAUGUCUUUUCGCUUUAUCAAACUCACGUGACUUGAAUAUUUGAAGACUAACACUUCUCUGUCAUGUCCAAUAACCACCUUUCUAAUGGCGACUUCGAAACCCAUCUUCGCCAUCCCUUGUUAUCAUCUCAAAGAUCCAUUAUCAACUCCACUUCUCAAGUUGCCAUCGUUGGUGCCAAUGUCUGCCCUAUUGAAAGCCUCGAUUACGAGAUUUUUGAGAAUGAGUUUUUUAAGCAGGAUUGGAGGAGUAGAGGGGUUGUUCAGAUAUUUCAGUACAUUUGCAUGAAAUGGUUAUUGUGUUUUAUGAUUGGUAUGAUUGUUGGAUUAGUUGGGUUUUGUAACAAUCUUGCUGUUGAGAAUCUUGCUGGUAUCAAGUUUGUCAUCACAUCUAAUAUGAUGUUGGAGAGGAGGUUUCUGUUGGCAUUUGUUAUAUUUUUUGCUUCAAAUUUGAGUCUCACGCUUUUUGCAUCUAUAAUAACGGCUUUUAUAGCACCUACUGCUGCCGGUUCAGGUAUAUCAGAAGUGAAGGCUUACCUAAAUGGUGUUGAUGCACCUGGAAUAUUUACUGUACGAACUCUCUUCAUUAAGAUUAUUGGAAGCAUUACAGCAGUGUCAUCAUCUCUUGUCGUUGGGAAGGCAGGGCCUAUGGUGCAUACAGGUGCAUGUGUGGCAGCAUUGUUGGGACAAGGAGGGUCAAAAAGAUAUGGAUUAACGUGGAGAUGGUUACGAUUUUUUAAGAAUGACCGUGAUCGACGGGAUCUUAUAAUAUGUGGCUCAGCAGCUGGUAUUGCUGCUGCUUUCCGUGCCCCCGUUGGCGGAGUGUUGUUUGCUCUUGAAGAGAUGGCAUCUUGGUGGAGAACUGCCCUUCUAUGGAGAGCUUUCUUUACAACAGCGACAGUUGCCAUUUUCCUUCGAGCUAUGAUUGAUGUGUGUUUAAGCGGUAAAUGUGGAUUAUUCGGUAAAGGAGGACUGAUAAUGUUUAAUGCAUAUUCAGCAAGUAUUUCAUACCAUUUGGGAGAUGUUCCUCCUGUGUUUAUUCUUGCUGUUGUAGGAGGGCUACUUGGAAGCUUAUAUAAUUUUAUGACGAACAAAGUUCUUCGGAUGUACAAUGUUAUCAACGAGAAAGGAAUCAUUUGCAAACUUUUGCUUGCUUGUUUAAUCUCCAUCAUUACAUCAUGUCUACUUUUUGGAUUACCAUGGUUUGCAUCUUGCCGACCUUGUCCUCUCGAUGCAGUCGAGCCUUGCCCAACAAUAGGUCGAUCCGGUAUCUACAAGAAAUUCCAAUGCGCUCCUAAUCACUAUAACGGCCUUGCCAGCCUCAUUUUUAACACGAACGAUGAUGCUAUCAGAAAUCUAUUUAGCAUGAACACUGACAACGAGUUUGAGUUUUCUUCGAUGUUAAUUUUUUUCACCACAUGUCUCUUUUUAAGUAUCUUUAGCUGUGGAAUUGUUGCCCCUGUUGGUCUCUUUGUGCCAAUUAUCGUGACUGGUGCAUCAUAUGGACGCAUGGUUGGAAUAUUGGUUGGAAACGGGUCCAAUCUUAGCCAUGGCCUUUAUGCUGUACUUGGUGCUGCUUCUCUUCUUGGUGGAUCUAUGCGGACGACGGUUUCACUAUGUGUAAUUAUUCUAGAGCUGACCAAUAAUUUGUUAUUGCUACCCCUAAUAAUGAUGGUGCUUUUGGUGUCUAAGAGUGUAGCAAAUAUUUUCAAUGCAAAUGUAUAUGACCUUAUAAUGAAAGCCAAGGGUUUGCCUUAUUUAGAAACUCACGCCGAACCAUAUAUGAGGCAGCUAACAGUAGGUGAUGUAGUCACAGGCCCGCUCCAAAUGUUCAAUGGCAUCGAGAAGGUUCGCAACAUCAUGUUUGUCCUCAGAACUACAACACACAAUGGAUUUCCUGUUAUCGACGAGCCUCGACAUUCCGAAGCUCCAGUUUUAUUUGGUAUAAUCCUUCGCGACCAUCUUCUAACAUUGUUAAAGAAGAAAGCUUUCUUGCCUGCGCCUGUGGUGGAAAAUAGUUACGAUGUCUUGAGAGAGUUUUCAGCCGAUGAUUUUGCAAAGAAGGGUUCAGGCGAACGUAUUAAGAUUGAGGAUAUACAGUUAACAGAUGAAGAGAUGGGAAUGUUCAUCGAUCUACAUCCUUUUACUAAUGCUUCGCCUUACACUGUUGUGGAAACAAUGUCACUGGCAAAGGCCCUUAUACUUUUUCGAGAGGUCGGUUUAAGGCACUUGCUUGUGAUACCCAAGAUCCCUGGUAGAUGGCCGGUGGUUGGUAUAUUGACGCGGCACGAUUUCAUGCCAGAACAUAUAUUGGGUAUGCAUCCAUUUCUGGUAAGAAGCAGGUGGAAAAGAUUAAGAUUUUGGCAAACAUUAAUAGAAAAAAUUCUUUCUGGCAUAUGAGCUAGGCCAACAAGCUCAACACAUUCAUGAGAUGAGAUAACCAGUGAUGAUGGUGAUUUUUUCUCUCUCACAUUUUGAUGGAAUCAAGAGGUCAGAGUUAUUAUACUUUACAUUUCAAAAAGGAAAUCAAAUUAUUGUUACUCUAUGAGCUCGUUGUCUUGUAAAUGAUUAAUCCACAUUGUUAAGCUCAUAUACCAAAUAAAUGCCUCUCAAAGUACAAUCAAGGCUAUGUUCCUAUUGGAGGAAAGUAAAUGGAAUGAAAUGAUAUUAGAAUUUAUGUUUUUAUUGUUUAAAAUAAAAUGAGAUAACACUGUUUGCUAUUGGCCCGAUACUUCGCCAACACCUUGAUCUAAAGGAAAUGAUUCAUCUAUAGCAUUUAAUA